AAAAAAACCCCGACCCGACCUGCAGAUAUUUUUAGCGUCCUUGAGAUACCCCAAAAUGAUUAUGAGAUACCAACAUCCAAAUCUUCCAACCGCUAUAUCCCAUAUAGUCGAUAUAAAGGCAAAACAUACAUAUACGUGGAAAACGACAAUAAUAGUGACAACUAUGUGGUAACAUCUGAUACCACGGACGUAACUUCCUCGUCCGAAAGUGAAUAUGAAGAGAUGGAUAUCAAUGAUAUAUAUCCAUAUAGAUCGCCUAAAUAUAAAACUUUAAUUGAAGUAGUACUAAAACCUAGCAGCAAAACAUAUGAUGCAGAAAAUACACAUAUAUAUAAUAUAGUGGAUACUAGCGAUAUACCAAGUGGUAAUAAACAAAGCGUAACACCAAGUGAUAUACCCACAAAUAAACUUACAGAUGAGGAAUGGAAUCAACUGAAACAAGAUUUUAUAUCGCAAUAUUUACUAAAUAUACCAAAGGAUUUACCUAAUGAAAAUAUCAUUGAUGAUAAUAUGCCUAAAAAUACACAACCUAACAUUUUAGAUGUUAGUAAUGAGGAAAAACCUUUUAUUACAUCUAUUCAGGAUAGAUAUCUUGAUAAUCAUGAAAAAAUCAAUUACGAUAUAGAUUGGAAUGUUCCGGAAAAUAUCACAACGAAUAACGUGGAUAUACCCAAAUAUGUUACAUCAAACGACAAAUAUUCUGGAAUUGAUUUAAUCAAUGAUUCUUUAAAUAGUGGUAAUGAUAUUUAUGAUGAGUUAUUAAAAAGAAAAGAAAAUGAAUUAUUUGGAACAAAACAUCCAAAACAUACAUCAACAAAUAGUGUUGUUAAACAAACAUAUAGUGACCCUAUACUCAACCAACUGGAUUUAUUUGAUAAAUGGUUAGAUAGACAUAGAUCUAACCAGUGGAAAAACAAACCGGAUAUGUCGAAUGAGGAGUGGAAUAGGCAACAUGAUGAUAAUAUACCUGUGGAAAAUGAUAACAAUACUACACAUAAAAUGUUUAAUACCAACCUUUAUGUAGAAAUUAGUAGUGAUAUGACCCCUAGAUCUAAUAUGGAUAUUAGUGGAACAAAUACAAUAUAUAGUGAUACUAAUAGAUAUACCUAUUUUGAUGAUAUAUCCAUUGAUGAAGUCAGCCCUUUUAAUAAUAGAGAUAAAUUGUUUAAUACCAACCUUUAUGUAGAAAUUAGUAGUGAUAUGACC